CAUGGCCGCUGGGGGUCCCGUGCAGCAGCUCUGUCAGGAAGCCACUUGCUCCAUCUGCCUGGACUUCUUCCGGGAUCCGGUGAUCCUCGAGUGUGGCCACAACUUCUGCCUCGCCUGCCUGACCCACAGCUGGGAGGAGGAGGGGGGAGCUGAGCCUUCCUGCCCCCAAUGCAGAAGAAGAGCUCAGAAGAGGAAAUUCUGGCCGAACCAGCAGGUGGCCAACUUUGUGGAAAUAGCCAAGAAGUUCAAACCUUUGGCAGGGAAGGGGGCGGAAGUGAAGGGGGGAGUCUGCGAGAAGCACCAGGAGCCCCAGAAGUUUUACUGCAAGGAGGACGAAGCUCCCAUCUGCAUGUUCUUUAGCCUGGCCGAGGAACACCAACAUCACAAAGUAGUUCUUCUGGAGGAGACUUUCCAAGAAAAUAGAGAUCCGUUCUGCAGCUGUAUGGAGAUUCUGAAGAAGGAGAUAGAAAGAAUUGUGGCAUAUAGAGAAGAUGCAGAGAAGGAAAGCCAAGACCUGCUCGAGCAAACCAUAGGAGAGAAGCAAAAGGCAUUAGCCAAAUUCAGACAACUGCACACAUUUCUGGAAGAAAAAGAGAAACUUUUGCUGGCCCAGAUGGAAGAGGUGGAGAAGGAGGUAGCAAGAAAUAGGGACCAGCACCUGGUCAGACUCUCUGAGGAACUCUCCUUUCUGGAAAGCCUCAAGUGGGUGAUGGAGGAGAAGAGUCAUCAGCCAGCCAGCGAACUCUUGCAGGAUGUGCGAAGCACCUUGCAGAGGUAUGAAGAAAAGGAGAGGCCUGAGAAUCCAGUGACUUUUCCUCUUGCAUUAAAAUGGAGGAUCUUGGACUUACGUGACAUCAAUCUCUUGCUAGAAGUUGUCAUGAAGCAGCUGAAAGACAAUCUGGAUUCUGGACUUCACCUGCAGAAAGCAAAUGUGACUCUGGAUCCGGACACGGCCCAUCCUGAUCUCAUCCUGUCUGAGGAUCGGAAAAGUGUGAGAGAAGGAGAAAAACCUCAAGCUUUGCCCAACAAUCCUGAGAGAUUUGUGUGGAGCUGUAUUGUGCUGGGCCGCGAGGGAUUCACUAGCGGCCGCCAUUUCUGGGAAGUCCUUGUGGGAAGUGAGGACUCCUGGAGUGUGGGGGUGGCCAGAAAGUCUGUGAGAAGGAAAGGAGUAUUCUCCUUUAGUCCUGAGGCAGGAUUCUGGGAGGUGGGGAAGUGGGGUGGCAAAUACAAGGCUUCUAUAAAAGACCAUUAUCCUCCCCUGACCUUGAGUGGGGAGCUCAAGAGAAUCCGAGUGUGUCUGAACUACAAUGUGGGGAGAGUGGCCUUUUUUGAUGCUGACCGAGCUGCCCUUCUCUAUGAAUUCUCUGGAGCCUCUUUCUGUAGAGACACCCUCCUACCCUCCUUUUGGGUGCGUUUAGAAGGCCACCUCCAACUCUGUUAA